UCACAUCCGGGCCACUCGCCUCCGCUUCUCCGGCCUCAAGAUGGCCGCCUUCUGGCGUGUUCCGCGCUGUUGAAUGGCGAAAGCUUUAUUGUUCCCUUCGGGCAGGAGUGUUCGUGUCCUCUAUGGCGCUGUCAAUAAAGAACGGCAGUUUGAAUCGGUGGUGAACAGGAUUGAUCCUCACUAAGAAGCAUCUGGAAGGAGAGAGGGAGUCCAGGGACAAAGCUGACACCAUGGAGCUCCCGAAUUACAGCCAACAGCUGCUGCUGCAGCUCUACACUCUGUGCAAGGAGCAGCAGUUCUGUGACUGCACCAUCUCCAUUGGCACCAUCUACUUCAGAGCUCAUAAGCUUGUCCUGGCUGCGGCCAGCCUCCUGUUUAAAACCCUCCUGGAUAACACGGAUACCAUCUCCAUCGAUGCCUCCGUGGUGAGCCCUGAGGAGUUUGCCCUCUUGCUAGAAAUGAUGUACACAGGCAAACUCCCUGUGGGCAAGCACAACUUCUCCAAAAUCAUCUCCUUAGCAGAUAGCCUGCAGAUGUUUGAUGUAGCUGUCAGCUGUAAAAAUCUUCUGACCAAUCUGGUAAACUGCUCUGUCCAGGGGCAGGUGGUAAGGGACAUCGCUGUGCUGUCCUCAGAGUCAGAUAGCAAGAAAUCAGAGACACUUCCUGUAGAAGCCCUUUCCUCUGAAGGGGUACCCUCAACCCUGGAAGUUUCCACCACACCAGGAGGUCCUGAGAAAGCAGAGACCCAGGAAGCAACCCAACAGAUGAGUGCAAAUCCUCCCACUGCCCAAGAGGUUCAGGGGGGUGCAGAGACCCCAGCGGAGACACCUCACACAGCUCAAGUUUGUUCCCCUUCCCCUGCUGGACAGAUCCCUAGUGAGGCAAAGGAGGCAAGCACAGAACCAGAGCAUGAGAGGAAGCAGGAACAGCUGAAUUUUCUUCUAGAAAAUAAAAGCGUCUUCUCGGAUGCACUCGUGGUAACCCAGGACAUAUUGAAAAGACUGGAAGAAUGUCCAGAAAUUAAAGGCCCACAGAAGGAGGCCAUAAUAGAAUGUCUCAUGGGUGAAGGAGGACAUACGGCAUUCCAGAGAAUCCUGGACAAAGUACGAGAUGAGAGCUUGGACAUGCAGGCAGCUAUAUCGCUGAUGAGACUGUGCCAGGAUUCUGUACCUGCAGUCAAAGCAGCUCUGCUAGCUCAAGAGCCAGAAGAUGCAAUGCCAUUGCAACCAGAAGGGAGUGCAGGGGAGGGAAAGACCUUGUCUAUUCUGUUACUGGAACACAAAGAGGACCUGAUACAGUGUGUAACACAGCUGAGACCGAUUGUGGAGUUCCUGGAAACAGCCAAGGAGGAAUUCCUGCCUGGCUCUGAGAGAAGGGUGAUUCUGAACUGCUGUGAGGGCGGAACACCCAAAGAGACGAUAGAGAAUUUGUUGUACAGAAUGACUGAAGAGAAGACCCUACCUGCCGAGAGCCUGGUAAAACUCUUCCAGGCUGUGAGGAUUGCAUUCCCAAACCUGGGCUGCCUCCUGGAGAAUUUGCAGAAGGUAGCUGUGUUGCCCAGCACCACAGUCCAUCCAAACCCUGAUGAUUAUGGUGCUGAGCUGUUGAGACGCUAUCAUGAAAACCUCUGUGAGAUUUUCACAGACAGCCAGGUGCUGCUAAAGGCGAUCUCGCACCUGAGGAGUUUAGCCCCUAGAGACAGAGAGGUCAUGGAGAAACUCGUCAAACAGUCCUGUGGCUCAGGCGGCUUCAGUUCCCUGAUGUCAGCAGCUCUGGAGAAGCAGACUCUCUCCACAACAGUCAUUUGGCAGCUGCUGCUGGCGGCUCGGGAGACCAAGACGUGUCCUUUGAACCUGCUCUUGGAAGAGAUAGGAAGGGAGCCUGGUGCUGGGGCUUUCUUUUGUGCAGUGACUGCCCCAGAAAGCACUGUCUUGGAAACUGUCUUGAGGCAUGGCAAGUUGAUCACAGAGGCCAUCCAACAGAGGAUGGAGCUCAAGCACUUCUCUUCAGAGGACGAGCACCUGGCUGAGGCCGUGAAAGAGAUGCUGAGCGUUUCCUCCGACACAGCGAGCCCUGGGGCUUCCCUGAGAGCGGUGCUAAGCAGGGCCGUGGAGAAAUCUGUUUCAGCUGCUGCAGUCUGUCGCCUCCUGUGCAGUAUCCACAAAUCUUUUCCUGGCCUGCAGCCCAUCAUGCAGGAGUUGGCAUACAUUGGUUUCCUUACUAAGGAAGACGGAGAGAAGGAAAGGUGGAAGGUGAGUGACAGAAUUUACCCUCAAGCCCAGGAAAAGGAGAAGGCAGCCGAGGCAACUGGAGAAGACUGCCAGCCCGCAGAACAAAAGGCUCAGAGGGAAGCUGGGUCCGUUCCAGAGCAACAGGAGAAAAACACUUCCACCUUCCCAGACUCUGCCAAGAAGAGCUUCGUCUGUAAAGCUUGUGACAAGAGCUUCCAUUUCUACUGCCGUCUGAAGGUGCAUAUGAAGCGCUGCCGGGUGGCCAGGAGCAAGCAGGUGCAGGGCGAAGACGGCAGGGAGACCAAGGGCUCGGAGAAGGAGCUGGAGAAACAUCAGCCGGAGGCCCGAAGCACAGGUGGAGAGCCAGAUGCCCCCAAGAAGAAGAAGAAGAGGCUUCCAGUGACGUGUGAUCUCUGUGGGAGAGAGUUUGCCCACGCCUCAGGCAUGCAGUACCACAAGCUGACUGAGCACUUUGAUGAGAAGCCUUUCUCCUGUGAGGAAUGUGGGGCAAAGUUUGCAGCCAACUCUACCUUGAAGAACCACCUCCGCCUUCACACCGGGGACCGCCCAUUCAUGUGCAAGCAUUGCCUCAUGACCUUCACGCAGGCCUCAGCCUUGGCUUACCACACCAAGAAGAAGCACUCGGAAGGGAAAAUGUACGCAUGCCAGUACUGUGAUGCUGUGUUUGCCCAGUCCAUUGAGCUGUCCCGUCAUGUGAGGACCCACACUGGGGAUAAGCCAUAUGUCUGCAGGGACUGUGGCAAGGGCUUCCGGCAAGCCAAUGGCCUCUCCAUCCACCUGCACACCUUUCACAACAUAGAAGAUCCCUACGACUGCAAGAAGUGCAGGAUGAGUUUCCCGACUCUACAGGAUCACCGAAAGCACAUCCACGAGGUACACUCCAAAGAGUACCACCCCUGUCCCACAUGUGGGAAGAUCUUCAGCGCCCCUUCCAUGCUCGAGCGGCACAUGGUGACCCAUGUUGGAGGGAAGCCCUUCAGCUGUGGAAUCUGCAACAAGGCCUACCAGCAACUGUCUGGCUUGUGGUACCACAAUCGGACCCACCACCCAGAUGUGUUUGCUGCUCAGAACCAUCGGUCAUCCAAGUUCUCAUCACUCCAGUGCAGCUCCUGUGACAAGACCUUCUCCAGCACCAUUGAACACAAGAAGCACAUCAAAGCGGAGCACGCCGAUCUGAAGUUCCACGAGUGUAACCAGUGUAAGGAGCUCUUCCCCACACCAGCCCUGCUACAAGUUCACAUCAAGUGCCAGCAUUCAGGGACCCAGCCGUUCCGGUGCUUGUACUGUGCGGCCACUUUCCGCUUCCCCGGAGCACUGCAGCACCAUGUCACUACAGAGCACUUCAGGCAAUCAGAGAGCACCUUCCCCUGCGAGCUUUGUGGGGAGCUCUUCACCUCCCAGGCCCAGCUUGACAGCCACUUGGAGUCUGAGCACCCAAAGGUGACGGGCAGUGAGACCCAGGCAACCACCUCUCAGAUGGUGCAGGUAAUCCAAACUCCAGAGCCAGUGGCCCCGAAUGAGCAGGUGAUCACUUUAGAGGAAACCCAGCUUGCUGGCUCGCAGGUGUUUGUGACAUUGCCAGAUUCACAGACCUCUCAGACCAGCUCUGAGCUUGUGGCAGUGACUGUGGAGGAUUUGUUGGAUGGCACUGUCACCUUGAUCUGUGGUGAGGCCAAGUGAGUGGCUGCUCCUCCAGUGGAGGCAAUCUGUGUCGGAGAGGAAGCCAGCAGCCUGCACUCCACCCUUCCUGCCAUGCUGAGCGGUGAGCUGCUCGGCUCAGCACCACCAUUGCGCUCUCAUGUGGAAAACCAGCGGAGGCCUGGUCAUUCUAGGACCCCAAAUGUCUGAGCCAUCCACUCUAACACCAACGGUCCAUCCUUCAUGGCCAACAGCCUCUAGCCCACGGGCUACAGCUCACCUCCAGUGAAGUCUAGCUUCUGAAAUGAGAGUCUGAAGGAGCAGUAGAUGGGAGCUAGUGACCAGAGUGGCCAAGGAGACACAGCAUGCCAGCUGCCCUCAGCAGCAGGGCAGUUAGCUGGGAGACUGAGCUCACAGACGGUCUGUAAACACUUGCCAGUGCCUAUGGGCAUUUAAAAAUGAGAGGGAAACACCAGCACAGCCUCCAGGCACCCCAGCUUGGCACACUUUUCCUUCUUUACACCGCCCCCCC